AUGGGUAUUAGUGACUUCGCACAGAUGUGUUCUAGAACACCAUUACCAUUGUGUUCUGUAGUGAAAUCAACUACACAUUUCAUAUUAUCGAACUCAACUAACAUUCAUAAUUUUGAUCCACAACAUUUAGAUGUCGGUAUCUUACCUCGUUGCUAUGCUAGAUCUAUCGAUUUAGCAAAUACAGUCAUCUUUGACGUUGGGAAUGCAUUCAUAAACAUUGGAGCCCUUGGUGUACUAUUGAUUAUUCUUUACAAUGUCAGACAGAAAUAUACGGCUAUUGGUAGAUCUGAAUACUUAUAUUUUUUCCAAUUGUCACUAAUUUUAAUUAUAUUGACUUUAAUCGUUGAUUGUGGGGUAUCUCCUCCAGGUUCACCAUCCUAUCCAUACUUCGUGGCCAUCCAAAUUGGGUUUGCCGGUGCAUGUUGCUGGACAUUAUUAGUUAAUGGGUUUUUGGUAUUUAAUCUUUGGGAAGACGGGACUUUUAAAUCCAUGUUCCUGGUACGUGGGGCAUCAUUAUUGGGGUUUACGGCAAAUUUCUUAGCAUCAAUCUUAACUUUUAAGUCAUGGAUACAGAAUCAUCAAAUUUCAAGCACAGACACCACAGGAAUGUUUGUCGUUGUCUAUAUUGUUAAUUUGGUCUUCCUGUUUAUUUACACCAUUUGUCAAUUACUCAUGUCAUUAGUGAUCGUUAAAAAUUUUUGGGUUACAGGUUCCAUAUUAGUCGGUGUCUUUUUCUUUGUUGUGGGACAAAUCCUUACAUACGCUCUUUCCAAUGUUAUUUGUGAAGGUGUGAACCAUUAUUUGGAUGGAUUAUUUUUUGGAAGUAUUUGUAACAUUUUCACCUUUAUGAUGAUUUAUAAGAUAUGGGAUAUGACUACAGACGACGACUUGGAAUUUAGCGUCAGUACGAAUAAAGAUGGGGAUGUCAUUUACAGUGCUGGCUUUUAG